AAUGAAUCAUAUCAUAGCAGAAGUUAGAGGUUUACAUCUGUAGUAUAAUAUAGUGCCUUUAAUAUUUAUUACUCGUUUAUACUAGUUGUAUACAUUUCCCCUGAUGCCGUCACGUGCGUGUGAGAUGACGUCACGUGUCCCGGUGACGCCAAGCGCGGUGUUUGCGGCUCAGAGAAGCUUCACUUCACUUCAGAGAGAGAAACAAAUCGGAGAUAAACAAACAAACAAACAAACAAACAAACAGCCGAACUGAGCACCGCGUCCUUCUGGAACUCUAACGGAUCUGUGCGGCUGCUUUUCUAGCGUUGUUCAUGUUAAAUCCGUGACCAGUGUAAACUUUUAUCUACAAUCCGGUCGCAGUGAGCUAAUGCUAACAGAUUAGCGGUUAGCUGGACGUUACUGUGGAAGCUUGCGGAAUAUUUACAACUGGAACAAGUACUACAAUAAUAAAGGGGUCGUGGGAUAAGGCGUGAAAACAGGUUUGCUGGGUAAGUGGACUGGACCUACUGGACUGUGGCACAGAGGAAUGAGUCAUGACCUCUGUGGUGGUAAUCGACGGCGGAGGGAACGUUCUGGAGUACGUCACCGGGGACGAGGAAGCGCAGCAGGAGGUGUGUUGUGAUGACACAGUGAUCCACGGGGACGAAGCCGGGUGUCCGGCGGUGAUCGUGGAGCAGGUGAACAGCGCAGAUUUGGAGCAGUGCUACGCCGCUCAGGUGCUCGUCUGUGACGACGAGAACACCUACCUGAUGCAGGACGUGGUGGAGGAGCAGGUGGUGGAGACAGAGGUGCAAGAUGCAGGUAUAGUGGAGGUAUCAGUUCAUGACAAAACCAUUGAAGCAGCUGAGGCUCUGCUGCACAUGGACUCUCCAGCCAGCCUUCAUGAUGACCACAGCCCAGAGGAGUUUCUGUCAGAGAUGGAGGUGGAAGUGAGCACUGAGGACAUGGGGCAAGUUGUGGAAGAUUGUAACAGCAUGGCGCAGCAGGCGGAUCUGCAGAAAAAGAAAAGAGGACGGAAAUCCAAACUGCCACGUGCUUGCUGUGACGGCUCCCUGGAUCUCAUUUAUAAGCGGAAGUCGAGAGAGAGCAAGGGCACCACCACGUACCUAUGGGAGUUUCUACUGGAUCUCCUUCAGGAUAAAGAAACCUGUCCUAAGUACAUCAAAUGGACAGAAAAGGAGAAGGGCAUCUUUAAGCUGGUGGACUCUAAAGCCGUGUCCAAGCUGUGGGGCAAACAUAAGAACAAACCGGACAUGAACUACGAGACUAUGGGUAGAGCGCUCAGGUAUUACUACCAGCGAGGAAUUCUGUCCAAGGUGGAAGGGCAGAGACUGGUGUACCAGUUCAAAGAGAUGCCCAAAGAUAUCGUGUUCAUCGAUGACGACAUGGAGGACGGAAUGGAUAAGAGCAAAGAGCAGAGUCCCACCGCGGCCGACACGCCCAGGCGGAGGAAAGAGAGGUUUUCUCCAGUUUCAUCCUCAGCACCCAUCAUCAGCAUCGCCUCAGGACCUGAAGGACUCGUGUCCAUGCAACAAGCUGCGGUCGCUACGACAACGGGCCCCAGGACUGUGAGGCUGGCCAUGCAGGUACCAGUUGUCAUGACAACACCCCAGGGUCAAAAGAUCUCCACGGUGACCCUGAACUCUCCCACGAGCUCCUCUCCAGUCCUGACGGCGGGCAGCGUACUGGGUGGGGGGAACAGCGGAGGUAAAAUGUUGCUGAUGCCCACACAGGGGCAGAACGGCGAACGGAUCACCCUGCAGCUCAUCACGCUUCCCGCCAAUACCGCAACCAAAGCAGGCACGCCCAUCACGCUGCGUACCCUCGCACCGCUCACAGGGACCCAGGUGCUUCAGCUCGCCAUGCCUUCCUCCGCCAACAACCCCACCACCACCAUCACAGUGCCAGCAGAGCAGGCGCUAAACACACAGGACAUCAAGAUCAUUAAGCUGGAUCAUCUGGACAGAAGCGUCCACGCAGACCAGGCCACCACACAAAGCUGACACUCUGUUCACUCAAACACAACAACCUGCAGCUUUCGUAUCAAUCCCAAGAUACAAACCACAGCGAUUUUGCUUUUAGAACAGCAGCAGCGCUCACAAAGACUCGACGAUGGCGCUAAAGCUAAUCCAACCCUUCACUUUCACGUCCCAACACUAUGACAGAAAAAAAAACCUGCUUAGAGACCAAGCAGCCGAGACGAAGCCGGACAUUUCUGAGACAGACCACCGGAGUCGCGAGGUUCUGGCACCGCACUGUAACCGGUGCUAAGGACAGAGACUCUCUGGCCAAAACACAGCGAGGGAAAGAAACGUUUCCCGACAGAUACAACGGGCGUGAAAAGGAUGCUGUAUAUAUACUGACUCCAUACUCGUAGUGAACAAAAUGUAAAGAAGCUUCAGGUUUUUUUUUUUUUGUUUAACUUUCCCCAGUGUAAAUAUGAAAUAUAAACUUUUUGAUAUUUUGUAUCAGGCAGUGUUUUGUUUGUUUGUUUUUGUUUUUUUUAAAUACCUAAAAAGCAUCUUAAAACUUUGUAGACCUUAAUAUUUCACUUUCUAUAUAUUCCAUAUUUUUUUUUGCAUUUAUCUCCAUCAUACCUGUUAUUCACAUGUCUUUGUCUUAUUUACGAUUGUGUACAAAAAAAGGGAGAGAAAAGUGUGUGUGUGUCUCUAUUUGGACUGAAGUUUAACGAAUGUUCAAUAUUUGAAGCAUAUAUUUUGUUGUACUCCUAUACAAGCUUGUAUCCAAGUAGAUUUAAAUAUACAGGACAUAAUUAUGCAAAACAAA